CCGCCCCGGCCGGACCCCUCAGCACCGCCACGGCUCCGGCGCCCGCACAGCAAGAUGUGAAGCGGAGGCUCCUGGGACGCUCCUCAUCCUCCCCGCGCUGCAGCCAUUAGUGCCUGGCCCGGCGGGGAGCCGGGCGCCCCGCACACGCGCCGCCCUCCCCGGCCCCGCCGCGGGGCUUUUUCGCAGGGCGGCGUCGGAGGGGGAAGGCGCUGCUAGAGGACGGUGAUUUUUUUUUUUUCCUCUUCUUUUCCCCCCCCUCCUUCUCUCCCCUCCUUCGCCCGCCUCCUUGUGGCGAUGAGGAGGAGGAGGACGACGCCGAGGAGGAAGAGGCUGAUGGCGGCGGUGAAGAGGCAGCAGCAGGAGGAGGAGACCCCCCGGAGGAUGAUGAAGAUGAUGGUGGCUGUGAAGAAGCACCAGCAGCAGCAGUGCACCCUCUGGGAUUGAUCAGACACGGCCUCUGGCAGCUUGAUUCUUUUUUUUUUUUAAAUUUGAUUUAUUAUUAUUAAUCUCUUUUAAAAAAAUUUUUGGCAGCGUUGUUGCUGGUGGGGGCUUUCCCAGCUGCUCUUCUCAUCCGCAGCUGCCCUUUGGCCCUGGGGGGGAAGGCUUCCCUUCUCUCCCCCCCACCCCGCUGCCUGCAUUUGCCCCGCGUCUCCGCUGCCACUCGCCUAGAGACUGAGCCCGAAGGGCAGAAAAAGGGGAACUUGCCCCCCUUUCAUCUCCUCCAGAUCCUCCUGCCCCUCUCUCCGUGGUGGUGUUGUUCAGCCAAAUCGGGGCCCUGAGAGAAAGGGGCUGAUCUUGGGGUUCCCCCUUCCCUCCCCCCCAGCCUCCUGCGCUGUUUGUCUAAAAAAGAAUUAAAAAUGGCCGAGAAUGUGGUGGAGCCGGGCCCGUCUUCAGCCAAGCGGCCUAAACUCUCCUCACCGGCGCUCUCCGUGUCCGCCAGCGAUGGCACAGAUUUUGGAUCUCUCUUUGAUCUGGAACAUGACUUACCUGAUGAACUUAUCAACUCCACAGAAUUGGGACUUACCAAUGGUGGUGACAUUAAUCAGCUGCAAACUAGCCUUGGUAUGGCACAAGAUGCUGCUUCUAAACACAAGCAGCUAUCUGAACUCUUACGGGCUGGUAGCUCCCCAAACAUCAACAUGGGCGUGGGUGGACCUGGCCAGGGCAUGGCCAGUCAAACUCAACAGAAUAGCCCUGGAAUGGGAAUCUUAAACAGUAUGGUUAAAAGCCCUAUGGCACAGGCAGGGCUGACUUCUCCCAAUAUGGCAAUGGGCCCAAGUGGGCCAAACCAGGGUCCUUCAGCCCAGUCCACAGCAGGAAUGAUGCCAACAGUAAAUAGUCCAGUUAAUCAGCCUGGCAUAGGAAUGAAUACAGGGAUGAAUGCUGGCAUGAAUCCUGGGAUGCUGGCACCAGGCAAUGGACAAGGAAUGAUGCAAGGGCAAGUAAUAAACGGUUCAAUUGGAGCAGGAAGAGGACGUCCGAACAUGUCAUAUCCAAACCCAGGAAUGGGUAAUGCUGGCAACUUGUUGGCUGAGACCCUGCAGCAAGGCUCUCCCCAAAUGGGAGGACAGACAGGACUGAGAGGACCACAACCUGGAGCAAUGAACAAGAUGGGAAUGAUGAGUAAUCCCAGUCCUUAUGGCUCACCAUACAGCCAAAACACUGGGCAGCAGAUUGGAGCCAGUGGACUUGGUCCCCAGAUGCAGAAUAAAGCUGGGCUACCAAACAGUUUACCCCAGUUUACAAUGGACAAGAAGCCAGUCCCUGGUUCAGGAAUGCCGAACAUGGGCCAGCAGCAGGCGCCGCAGGUCCAAUCCGCUGGGAUGGUGCCAGCUGCUCCCCAGGCUAUGGGGUCAGGGGCCCCUACGGCAGACCCAGAGAAACGUAAGCUCAUUCAACAGCAGCUCGUUCUCCUCUUACACGCCCACAAGUGUCAGCGGCGAGAACAAGCCAAUGGUGAGGUGCGACAGUGUAACCUCCCUCAUUGCCGUACCAUGAAGAAUGUCCUCAACCACAUGACACACUGCCAGGCUGGCAAAUCUUGCCAAGUGGCACACUGUGCAUCUUCAAGACAAAUCAUCUCGCACUGGAAGAAUUGUACAAGACAUGACUGUCCUGUAUGUUUGCCUCUUAAAAAUGCUGGGGACAAAAGAAAUCAACAAUCAUUAUUGGGCGGAGCUACAGUUGGACUUGCAAACACUGGCACUGUAGGGGUGGGGCAGCAGACUACAUCCAGUAUAAACACUACCAGUCAAAUUGACCCUAGCUCUAUUGAGAGAGCCUAUGCAGCCCUUGGACUGACCUAUCAAGGAAACCAGAUGCAGACACAAUCCCAGGCUCAAGUGAAGAAUCAACAGCAAGGGCAGUCACCCCAGGGGUUGCGCCCCAUGAAUCCCAUGAGUGCAAAUCCCAUGGGAGUGAAUGGAGGUGUGGGGGUUCAAACCCCUAAUCUACUGCCUGACUCAAUGUUGCAUUCAACCAUGAAUUCCCAAAAUCCCAUAAUGAGCGAGAGCGCCAGUGUUGCCAGUUUGGGGGCUAUGCCAACAGCAGCACAACCAUCCAACACUGGAAUUCGAAAACCGUGGCAUGAAGAUAUAACUCAGGACCUUCGAAAUCAUCUUGUUCAUAAACUAGUUCAAGCCAUAUUUCCUACUCCUGACCCUGCAGCAUUAAAAGACAGGCGCAUGGAGAACCUGGUGGCAUACGCUCGAAAAGUGGAGGGGGAUAUGUAUGAAUCGGCAAAUAGCAGGGCAGAGUACUAUCACUUGCUAGCUGAGAAGAUAUAUAAAAUUCAGAAGGAAUUAGAGGAAAAGCGAAGGACCAGACUGCAGAAGCAAAACAUGAUACCAAAUGCACCAGGCAUGCCUCAAGCUCCCAUGAAUCAAGGGCCCAAUAUGGGGCAGCCACAGCCAGGGAUGUCUGCAAAUGGUCCUCUUCCUGACCCAACCAUGAUUCGAGCCAGUGUGCCAAACCAGAUGAUGAAUCGCAUGCAGACGCAGCCAGGUAUGAAUCAGUUUAGCCAGAUGAACAUGCCGCUGUCAACAAUGGGACCCCGGCAAACCCCUCCUCUUCAGCACCCUGGACAGCUAAGCCAGGCUGGGGCCAUGAACCAGCAGAUGGGCUUUCCCUCACGUAUGCAGCAGCCAGGGGUUGGCCAACCUUCCAGUCAAAGUCAGUUUCUGCAACAGACCCAGUUCCCUGCCUCCUCCCCAGGAAUGAAUGCUACAAGCAUGCCUAUGACCCAGCCUGGCAGUCAGCCUCCAGUGUCUCAAGCACAAAUGCCUAGCUCUUCCUGUCCUGUGAACUCUCCUGCAAUGGCUCCCGGUUCUCAGGGGAGCCAUAUUCACUGCCCACCGCUUCCACAGCCUCCUUUGCACCGAAACUCUCCCUCUCCAGUACCUAGUCGAACCCCAACACCUCAUCAUACACCCCCAGGCCUGGGAUCCCAGCCACAGCAACAGCAGCAAGCAGCAGCAGCUGCAGCCACCACUGCCCCCACCCCUACCCCUCAGGCAAUGCCACCUGGACCUCCAUCACAAACUAUGCACCCUCCUCAGAGGCAGACUCCAACUCCUCCACAGGUACAGCUGCCUCCACAAGUCCAGCCUCCAGUUCCAGUCACCCCUUCAGCAGAGCAGCAGCAACCUCUGUCACAGCAGAGUACAACUGCAUCUGUGCCGACCCCAACAGCACCACUGCAGCCUCAACACCCCACAACACCUCUUUCACAACCGGCUGUGAGCGUUGAUGGGCAGGUAUCUAACCCACCAUCCACCAGCAGCACGGAGGUGAAUUCUCAACAGAAUGCUCCUGAGCAGCAGCAACCACCCUUGCAGGAAGUGAAAAUGGAAAUUAAAAUGGAUGAAGAGGAGCCAGAACAAACAGACCUUCAGGGGGAGGAGAAACCUGAGAUUAAAGUUGAACCUGUGGUGGAGGAAUGUAAACCAGACCCAAUGGAACAGGAGGAGAAGAAAGCAGAAGUGAAGUCUGAGAUGAAAGAUGAGGAAGAAAGACCCAGUACUCCAGCUACUCAGUCUUCUCCAGCAGCUGGCCAAUCUAAGAGGAAAAUUUUCAAACCAGAAGAAUUGCGGCAGGCGCUUAUGCCAACACUGGAGGCACUUUACAGGCAGGAUCCUGAGUCCCUUCCUUUCCGACAGCCUGUGGAUCCUCAACUACUAGGAAUUCCUGAUUACUUUGAUAUAGUGAAGAACCCCAUGGAUCUCUCUACCAUCAAGAGAAAAUUAGACACAGGGCAGUACCAGGAGCCUUGGCAGUAUGUGGAUGACAUCUGGCUCAUGUUCAACAAUGCCUGGCUCUAUAACCGCAAGACGUCCCGAGUGUAUAAGUACUGCUCCAAACUGGCAGAGGUGUUUGAACAAGAAAUUGACCCGGUUAUGCAAAGCCUUGGUUAUUGCUGUGGGAGAAAGUUGGAAUUCUCACCACAGACUUUAUGUUGCUAUGGCAAACAGCUAUGCACAAUCCCUCGAGAUGCCACUUAUUACAGUUAUCAGAACAGGUAUCAUUUCUGUGAGAAGUGCUUCAACGAAAUCCAAGGGGACAGCGUUUCUCUGGGGGAUGACCCAUCACAACCUCAAACUACAAUAAACAAAGAGCAAUUUUCUAAGAGGAAAAAUGAUACACUGGACCCUGAACUGUUUGUUGAAUGUAUAGAGUGUGGGAGAAAAAUGCACCAGAUCUGUGUCCUUCAUAAUGAGAUAAUCUGGCCUUCUGGUUUUGUCUGUGAUGGCUGCCUAAAGAAAACAGGUCGAACCAGGAAAGAGAACAAAUUUUCUGCUAAAAGGUUACCAGCUACAAGACUUGGUACCUUCUUGGAAAACAGAGUCAAUGACUUCCUGAGAAGACAGAAUCACCCUGAGGCAGGAGAGGUCACAGUUAGGGUGGUUCAUGCCUCUGACAAAACUGUAGAAGUAAAACCAGGAAUGAAAGCAAGGUUUGUAGACAGUGGAGAGAUGGCAGAGUCCUUCCCUUAUCGAACAAAAGCUCUCUUUGCCUUUGAAGAGAUUGAUGGUGUAGACUUGUGCUUCUUCGGCAUGCAUGUACAGGAGUAUGGCUCAGAUUGCCCUCCACCCAAUCAGAGGCGAGUGUAUAUAUCUUACCUCGAUAGUGUUCAUUUCUUCCGCCCUAAAUGUUUGAGGACUGCAGUCUAUCAUGAAAUACUAAUUGGAUACCUAGAAUAUGUCAAGAAAUUAGGAUAUACUACUGGACAUAUCUGGGCCUGCCCACCAAGUGAAGGAGAUGACUACAUAUUCCAUUGCCAUCCACCUGAUCAGAAGAUACCUAAGCCCAAGCGACUGCAAGAGUGGUACAAAAAAAUGCUGGACAAAUCAGUGUCUGAGCGUAUUGUCCAUGAUUACAAGGAUAUCUUCAAGCAGGCAACAGAAGAUCGUCUAACAAGUGCAAAAGAGCUGCCUUACUUUGAAGGGGACUUCUGGCCCAAUGUUCUAGAGGAGAGUAUUAAGGAACUAGAACAAGAGGAGGAAGAGCGAAAGAGAGAAGAGAACACUAGUAAUGAGAGCACAGAUGUGAGCAAGGGAGACAGCAAAAAUGCCAAAAAGAAGAACAACAAGAAGACAAGUAAAAAUAAGAGCAGCUUGAGUCGGGGCAAUAAGAAAAAGCCUGGCAUGCCCAAUGUCUCCAAUGAUCUUUCACAGAAGCUGUAUGCCACUAUGGAGAAGCACAAGGAGGUCUUCUUCGUGAUCCGUCUCAUUGCUGGCCCUGCAGCCAAUUCCCUGCCUCCUAUUGUUGAGCCUGAUCCACUCAUUCCAUGCGACUUAAUGGAUGGGCGUGAUGCCUUCCUCACCCUUGCUAGAGACAAGCACCUGGAGUUCUCUUCACUCCGAAGGGCUCAGUGGUCAACCAUGUGUAUGUUGGUGGAGCUGCAUACCCAGAGUCAAGAUCGUUUUGUUUACACCUGCAAUGAGUGCAAACAUCAUGUGGAGACCAGAUGGCACUGCACUGUCUGUGAGGAUUAUGACCUGUGCAUCACCUGCUAUAACACUAAAAACCAUGACCACAAGAUGGAGAAAUUGGGCCUGGGCCUAGAUGAUGAGAGUAACAACCAGCAGACUGCAACCACCCAGAGCCCCGGUGACUCCCGCCGCCUGAGCAUCCAGCGCUGCAUUCAGUCCCUGGUCCAUGCCUGUCAGUGUCGUAAUGCCAACUGCUCACUGCCGUCCUGUCAGAAAAUGAAACGGGUUGUCCAGCAUACCAAAGGCUGCAAGCGCAAAACCAAUGGAGGGUGUCCUAUUUGCAAACAGCUCAUCGCUCUUUGCUGCUACCAUGCAAAGCACUGCCAGGAGAACAAGUGUCCCGUGCCCUUCUGCCUCAACAUUAAACACAAGCUCCGUCAACAGCAGCUUCAGCACCGCCUGCAGCAGGCCCAGAUGCUCCGAAGGAGGAUGGCAAGCAUGCAGAGGACUGGCGUGGUAGGUCAGCAGCAAGGAUUGCCCUCACCAACACCAGCCACGCCAACAACUCCAACAGGCCAGCAGCCCCCAACACCUCAGACCCCACAGCCUCAGCCACCACCCCAACCUGCCACGCAGCCCCAGCCUGCACCUCCCAAUAACAUGCCGCCCUACACUAUACCAAGAAAUCAGCCUCCUGGUGCGGUGUCCCAGGGCAAAGCAGGUGGCCAGGGAACUCCUCCAACUCCACCACAGACUGCUCAGCCACCAGUUCAAGGUCCUCCUCCAGCUGCAGUGGAAAUGGCCAUGCAAAUCCAGCGGGCAGCAGAAACUCAGCGUCAGAUGGCACAUGUUCAGAUUUUCCAAAGGCCAAUUCAGCACCCAAUGCCCCAGAUGAAUCCAAUGCCACCCAUGGGGAUGAACCCUCCCCAGAUGACCAGAGGUCCUGGUGGUCACGUAGAUCAAGCCAUGGGACCAGCAGGCAUCCAGCAGCAGCCACCAUGGGCCCAGGGAGGGUUGCCCCAACCUCAGCAGCUGCAGGCAGGAAUGCAGAGGCCAUCCAUGAUGUCAGUAGCCCAGCCAGGGCAGCCUAUGAACAUGGCACCUCAGCCUGGGAUGGGCCAGGUACCUGGUACAGCUCCGCCAAAACAAGGAUCUCUGCCCCAGGCAGCGUUACAAAACUUACUGCGGACUCUCAGGUCUCCCAGCUCCCCCAUGCAGCAGCAGCAGGUGCUUAACAUCCUUCACUCCAAUCCUCAGCUACUGGCUGCAUUCAUCAAACAGCGGGCAGCUAAGUAUGCAGGAUCUCAGAACCCGCAAGGUAUGCCGGGGCAGCCUGGAAUGCCGCCCGGACAGCCUGGGCUUCAGCCACAGCAGGCCAUGCAAGGGCAGCAAGCAGGGGUGCACCCAAACUCAGCCAUGCAGAACAUGAACCCCAUGCAAGCAGGCGUCCAGAGGCCCACCAUGCCGCAGCAACCACAGCAGCAACAGCCUCAGCAAGCCAUGGGCGGGAUGAACCCUCAGACGCAGCCGAUGAACAUGAACCAUUCGGGGAUGAAUCCACAAUUCCGGGAUCUUUUAAUGAGACGGCAGAUGAUCGAGCAGCAGCGCCACCAGCAGCAGCAGCAGCAGCAAGGUGCAGGACCAGGGCUGGGUCCUGGGAUGGCCAACCAUAAUCAGUUUCAGCAGCCCCAGGGAGUUGGGUACCCUCAGCAACAGCAGCAGCAACAGCAGCAACGGAUGCAGCAUCACAUGCAGCAGAUGCAGCAAGGAAAUAUGGGACAAAUGAGCCAGCUUCCACAGGCAAUGAGUGCGGAGACAGGAGCCAGUUUGCAGCAGGCUUUCCAGCAGAGGCUACUUCAGCAGCAGAUGGGGUCUCCAGCUCAGCCCAACCCCAUGAGCCCCCAGCAGCACAUGCUUCCCAGUCAGGCCCAGUCCCCACACUUACAGGGCCAGCAGAUCCCUUCAUCACUCACCAAUCAAGUGCGUUCUCCGCAGCCUGUACCUUCACCACGACCUCAGUCCCAGCCCCCGCAUUCCAGCCCUUCCCCUCGGAUGCAACCUCAGCCUUCUCCACACCACGUCUCCCCGCAAACCAGCUCCCCACAUCCAGGACUGGUAGCUGCCCAGGGUAACCCCAUGGAUCAAGGGCACUUUGCCAGCCCGGACCAGAGUGCAAUGCUUUCUCAGCUCGCUAGUAAUCCAGGCAUGGCAGGACUCCAUGGUACAAGCGCCACGGAACUGGGGCUCAGCUCAGAUAACUCAGACUUGAAUUCAAACCUUUCACAGAGUACACUAGACAUACACUAGACACAUUGUAGCAUUUUGGGAGCAAAAAAAACAAAAACAAAAAAAAAAACCUUAUUUUCUCAAGACUUUUUGUACUGAAGACAAAUUUUUUUGAAUCUUUCUUAGCUAAUACAACAUUUUUCCCUGGAACACAUCCGAACUCCGCAGCAGUAGUUUGUGGUUUUAAAAACAAACCAACAAUGAACCUGAGGGACGAUAGAAUACAAAGAAUAUAUUUUUGUUAUGGCUGGAAUCAUAACCAGUCCUUUUUUUUCUUGUUUUUCCUCGCGUGCGUGCGUUGGAGAGGUAAGGGGGAAAGGGUGCUCAAUAGUCCCUUUCUCAUGCCUCCAAUAGGUUUUAUUUUUUUUUAAAUUAAUGAAAAUAUGUAAUAUUGAUAGUUAUUAUUUACUGAGGCAGAAGGUAAACAUUUUCCCUAUUCUGGUUUUUUCCUCAUGUCACUGCAAAAAAAAAGAAAAAACAAAACACAGGAGAGCAUUUCCUAAAACCGGAGGACAAAAGGGGUUAAUGUUGCUUUAAAAAUACAUUGCAUAUAUAUAAAUAUAUAUUAAAAAAUAAAUACCAAUUUUUUCCUCUUUGGUUGGAAAUAUGUCAAUUCUUUGGGAAAAUGUAAAAAUAUUAAAUAACCCAAUCCCCUCCUGAAGUCUACUUUUGUCCUCCAAGAAUUUUCUAUACAAGAGUCUGAGCUUAAAAAAAAAAAAACUUCAAGUAUUAAUAAUUUGUACAUGUAGAGAGAAGACAAUGUUUUUUGCAAAUACACAGGGGCAGCUGCCAAAUGGAUGUAGUAUAUAUAUUGUGGUUUCUGUUUUCUUGAAAGAAUUUUUUUCGUUAUUUUUACAUCUAACAAAAGAAAAAAUAAAAAAGAGGGCAAGAAACAAUUCCGAGGGGAUGAUUUUAACCUGAGAAGUCCCUGGGGUUUCUUCUUUACGCUUGCUUUCUCUCCUUCCCUCUCCCACCCUCUUCCAUUUUCUGUAAAACUUGAAAAUAGAAAGCAAAAAACCCUCAAAUGUUGUAAAUCAUGCAAUUAAAAUUGAUUACUUAUAAAUAUGAACUUUCGAUCACUGUAUAGACUGUUAAAAUUGAUUUCUUAUUACCUAUUGUUAAAUAAACUGUGUGAGACAGACA